AUGAAAAUGCUAAAAGAGACUCUACUGACGAAGUCUGAUCUGCUAGAGUUUGCAUUCAAGGAGAAAGAAACCCUCCAAAAAAAGAUGGAAACUCCAAAGGAAGAAAAAGAGGAAGCAAAAUUUACUUGUUGUUUCGAAUACGAAGGAGCAUAUGGAAACAAUAAUGAAACCAUUUUGGUUAAUGGAUUAGACAAUGUGCAAGAUCAAUACAAUCUGAUAACAGAGAAACAAUAA